GUUGACACAGACUGGUGCUGGAGAGUAUAAAGGCCGCAGGUGGCCAGUAUUUCAGCAGUCCAGGUCCAGCUUCGUCAGGAGUUGGACACACAAUAUACGGUGCUCUUGCUACUUCCACACCUGAUGACGACCAUAGUGUUGGUGAUCCUCCUUGUGGGGGCGUGUGUCGCCAUACCACCCGGCCGUCCAACAGACAGCAUCAGGUUCGUUCGGCAGACAAAACCUUUACCCCGUCCGCAACACCCACAGAUCUCGCCCACACCCCCUGCUGGCUACCAACCCAAGCCCCAGGUAGAUCCAACCCCGCACCCAGGUCAUGUCAUCCAGACUCUACCAGCACAUCCAAGUUCAAAACUGACCAGGCCUGCUCCACGACCCUCGCGACACCAACGCAGCGCAGACGAAGUUCGACAGGGAAGUGUUCCUACCACCGCAAUAGGCAAGCCCCAGACUCUGCCUCCCAAGUCCCAACUUACAAAACCAGCUGUACGGCCACAAACUCGUCCAGCUACUCUUCCUGGGAAUCUGGCUAAACCUGCUCAGCGAUCCAAGAGUCUUGAAGACAGCAGCUUCGCUCCUCUUCCUACUGGGCCCAUUGUGGAACCAAGACCUUCCCCAGGAGAACUGACAAAACCAGCUAGUCGCCCCAUUGUUGAUCCCAUACCUCCCGCAGGAGAACUGACAAAACCAGCUAGUCGCCCCAUUGUUGAUCCCAUACCUCCCGCAGGAGAACUGACAAAACCAGCUAGUCGCCCCAUUGUUGAUCCCAUACCUCCCGCAGGAGAACUGACAAAACCAGCUAAUCGUCCCAAGAGUGUGGAUAGUGGUUUUGCUCCACUACCUACUGGACCCAUUGUAGAACCCAGACCACCUCCGGGAGAGCUAACAAAACCAGCUCCUCGUCCUAGGCCUCGUCCAGGGGACUUAACAAAACCAGCCACUCGUCCCAGGCCUCGUCCUGCGCGUCCCGCACAGGCAUAAAGUUUCGUCUAUCCCGACGUCUCAUUUGCACCUGAUAAGCGAUAAAAUCAGAAAAGGCCUUGCAGUUACUUUCUAAAUGUGAACUGGACACGACUCCUGGUUAUCUAGACAUGUCAGGCAGUUUCGUGUCCCUUAACCUACAGACAUAACAAUAACUUUCCUAGAAAAUAACAACCUACAAAAUGGCCUCCUCCCUAGAUUUUAGUCUUGACUGAAACAAAGUUAUAGUCUGGCUGUAACAUUUGUCUAAAACCUUUUGACAAUUACUGGUCAUAUUUGACCUUUUAUAAAUGAACAUCUGGUACAGUACAGUAGUAGGUUACUUUUUGUAUUUUAUGUCAAAUACAAACCUUAAAACUAGACACCUUUUUUGUCCAGAUGAACGUGAUAUAGGCCUACUUAAAUAUAAUAUGGCCUAAACUUCACCCAUUUUCACUGUGUCUUGUUUGAUAUUGUAUUUAUUGCAAUUUGGAACGUAUUUCAUAAAAUAAAUUCUUAAUCACA